AUGGAGUCUCUUUUUACUCUUCUGCAAGUACUAAUGGCUAUCAUCAGUUUUUCUGGGGCUAAUGAGACCUGUAGCCUGCAAGGAGAGAUAGAAUAUCCACAACUUUCAAAGGAUGGUGAUAUAAUAGUUGGAGGAAUUUUCCCCUUUCACAACAAUUGGGAGAUCACAGACUUGUCCUAUGUGGCCAAGCCACAUCCACUGAAAUGCAGGAGUCUUGAUUUCAGAGCCUUCCAGUUUUCUCAGUCCUUGAUUUUUGCAACAGAGGAGAUAAACAACAGUUCUUCUUUACUGCCAGGUGUCUUGCUAGGCUACAAGAUAUAUGACACCUGUAGUUCUACAGGAAUGGCAGUUAGAAUGGCCAUGGCACUUCUUAAUGGAAAUGAAAAGACAGUUUUUGAUGAGCACUGCACAAAACCAGCCGAGGUGCAAACCAUAAUUGGCGACACAUUCUCGUCACCGUCCGUAGCUAUAGCAAGCAGUAUUGGACCUUUCAGCAUUCCCUUAAUCAGUCACUAUGCCACCUGCAGCUGUCUCAGUAAUAAAAGGAAAUACCCGUCAUUUCUGCGCACUAUUCCCAGUGAUUACUACCAGAGCAGAGCACUUGCAGAGAUGGUCAAGCAUUUUGGUUGGACCUGGGUGGGAACAAUAAGAAACGAUGAUGACUAUGGUCACAGCGGUAUGGCUGCAUUUACUGAAGCUGCAGAACAGCUGGGCAUAUGUCUAGAAUAUUCACUUACAUAUUUUAGAACUUACUCACAAGAAAAAGUGCUGAGAAUAAUCCAGCAGAUCAAAAGCUCUACUUCUCAAGUAAUAGUGGGAUUUCUUACUGACUUAGAAUUGCAGAUUUUGCUGGAUGUGUUUUUUGAACACAACAUAACUGGAUAUCAGUGGGUGGGAACUGAGGCAUGGAUCUUUGAUCCACUACUGGCUGCACUGGAUAAGCACAACAUAUUGCAGGGAGCCAUAGGGCUAGCUAUCCCCAAAACAACAGUGACAGGUCUGGAGGACUUCAUUCUGGAUAUACACCCACUGAAAUCUGCUGGCAGUGUAAUUUUUCCUAAAUUCUGGGAGGCUCUGUUUCAGUGUAAAUAUACACUGCAGAAUGACUCUGAGAAUACAACAGUGUGCACAGGUGAAGAGAAACUGUCUGAGGUGGAAAACACAUUUACAGACAUGUCACUGAUGCCCAUUUUCAGUAAUGUGUAUAAAGCAGUAUAUGCUGUUGCCCAUACUCUACAUGACCUUCUUGGCUGCACACAAACAUGUCCAACAAAGAAGCAGCCUGAUUCUUUCACAUUUCUAGAACAUCUCAAAAGGGUAAGUUUCAAAACCAAAGAUGGUGAAGAAGUUUAUUUUGAUAAAAAUGGUGAUCCUCCUGCAAAGUAUGACAUAAUAAACUGGCAGACAGACGAAGAGCAUCAACACAAAUUUGUCACUGUUGGAUUGUAUGACUCUUCUUUCCCCGCUCAUAAUCGAUUAGCAGUAAACAUGGCCUCUAUUGUGUGGGCACAAAACAGCAAUAAGGUACCAGUAUUUGUGUGCAGUGAGAGCUGCCCUCCAGGCACCAGGAAGGCUGUGCAGAAAGGAAAACCUAUCUGCUGUUUUGACUGUAUACCAUGUGCUGAAGGACAGAUCAGUAAUAUGACAGAUGCAAUUAAAUGUGAACAAUGUUAUCAAGACUACUGGUCUAAUCCACGCAGGGACACAUGUGUAAAGAAGGAAAUUGAAUACCUGUCCUAUGAGGAAACUAUGGGAAUUUUGCUAACAGUUGUAUCAAUUAUUGGUACAUUUAUGACAAUAACAAUAGCAAUCUUAUUUUUUAGAUGUAAAUAUACUCCAAUAGUCAAAGCCAACAACUCAGAGCUCAGCUUCCUUUUACUUUUCUCACUGGCUCUGUGUUUCCUCUGUUCACUUACUUUCAUUGGUCAGCCCUCUGAGUGGUCCUGUAUGUUGCGUCACACAGCGUUUGGGAUCACCUUCGUCCUCUGCAUCUCCUGUGUUCUGGGGAAAACAAUAGUGGUGUUAAUGGCCUUCAGAGCUACACUUCCAGGCAGUAACGUCAUGAAAUGGUUUGGGCCUCCACAGCAGAGACUCAGUGUUCUUGCCUUUACUCUAAUACAGAUCCUUAUCUGUGUUAUUUGGUUAACAACAUCCCCUCCUUUUCCCUUCAAAAAUUUUAAGCGUUACAAAGAAAAGAUCAUUCUAGAAUGUCAUUUAGGUUCAGCUAUAGGAUUCUGGGCUGUGCUGGGUUAUAUAGGACUGUUGGCCCUUUUGUGUUUCGUUUUAGCUUUUCUGGCUCGGAAACUGCCUGACAAGUUUAAUGAAGCCAAGUUCAUCACAUUCAGCAUGCUCAUAUUCUGCGCUGUUUGGAUCACCUUCAUUCCAGCUUACAUCACCUCUCCUGGAAAGUUCACUGUUGCUGUGGAGAUAUUUGCCAUUUUGGCCUCAAGCUUUGGUUUGUUAUUCUGUAUCUUUCUUCCAAAGUGUUACACAAUAGUAUUGAAACCAGAAAAGAACACUAAAAAGCAAAUGAUGGAAAAAGUUAAGUCUACAUAG